CCUACCUUCACAUUCUCAAGUACUUAAGAUCCUUACCUUUUCUUUCCAAUCUCUCUAAGAUCUUCCCUGUCUUACCUUUAAUACAUCCAUCGAAAACAACAAUGGCUAUCCGCCUGCCUCGUAUUGUGAGCUCUAAGAAAGUUCCCAAGGGAUACUUUGUAGUUUACGUUGGAGAGAACCAGAAGAGAUUUGUAAUACCAGUAUCGUUCUUGAACCAGCCUUUGUUUCAAGGUUUGCUAGGCAUGUCAGAAGAAGAGUUCGGAUAUAGUCAUCCUACUGGCGGUCUCAAAAUUCCUUGCAACGAAGACAUCUUUCUUGAAGUCACCUCUCGCUUGAAUUGACUGCGAGAGAAUUAGCACAAAUCGGACAAUGUAAUUUUGUAAAACAAACAUCACUAAUACCAUGUAAACAUUUUUUUCCAUCCUUGUUACCUUGGGGAGCAUAUAUAGGUCUCCUUAAGUGGAAAACUAGAGAUGGUGGUUACUGUAACUUUUAUUAAUCAACAAGGAAAAAUGACAGUUAGAAGCA